AUCAAGUAGUUGAUGGUGAUGCUCUGGUGAUGGCGAGGUCACUCGCAAAGAUGUUGAUUUCACGGCGAAAUAAUUUCUCUACAAUCACUCGAUACUUUACCGACAACUCUACGACGCAGUUUAAAGUUGGUGACGAGGUGAAAGUGCGUCGGACUGUUACUGUAGAAGAUGUGACCACAUUUGCCCAACUGACGGGUGACACAAACCCUAUCCAUUUGGAUGAACAUUUUGCAAAGAAAACCGAACUUGGACAACUUGUAGUACAUGGGGUUAUACUCAACGGAAUAGUUUCAGCUGUCCACGGCACCAAGCUCCCAGGUCCUGGAUGCAUGGUUGUGUCACAAUCUCUGAACUAUCCAGCCCCUUUAUUUCCAGGGGAAGAGGUUUUGACUCACAUUAGGGUUACCAGAUUAAGGCAUGCUAUCAUGAUUUGUGAUGUGAUCUGCACAGCAGUUCAAAGGAGGAAAGUUGUGUUAUGUGGUGAGACAAAGUUGUUACUUCCCAAGAAAGCUGGCUGAAGUGAAGUAAACAAGUGUUUUGUCGAUCACCAAGUAAAUAAGAUGUUCUCAGCUGGAAAAAGUGGCAUAUGGGAACAAAAAAUAACUACCAGGUUAUCGCAAGCAAGCUUGGCUGUCACUCAGAUCUCCUUCCCUGUCCCCUCUCAAGUUUGUAUUCCUGUUAUAUUACAUAUGCAAUGUUGUUUUUUUUGCUUCACGCAAAGAAGAACUUCGCUUGAGAUUCUGGGAACCUCAAUUGACAGGUGACAAGAUACUUCCAAGAAUGUUAAACUUCUUCCAUGAAAGGUUUGAUUUAACUGACAAUAAAUUUAACUUACUGACUUAUCCAAAGUUGCUAUGCCGUGCCAUAGUUCAAAACACGGGUGUUACCAUAGUUACGAAAACGAAGACCUUCGAAAACGAAGACCUAAGACCUAAGACCUAACUAAGACCCGGUCUUCGUUU